UGGUUCCGUUGUGCGGUGGGAAGAUUUGAAAACGAGAUAUGCAGGAAAAUUCGGUGAGUGUCAGUCUGUCACGAUUAAUCUAUAAUAUUUUCUAUCGAAUCGUAUUUUAAAUAUAUCACCUGUAUUGUUAAUGCGUUACCUAACAUUUUAACGUUAUGUAACGGUAAAGUUCUAACCUCAAAGUUUUCCGCUACCGCUCGUUCUUUGUAAUAUAUAGAUACGUUAGAUGCGAGUUUAUUCUGUUCGUAUCUAAUCUGUAAGCGUCAUCAGAUAAACGAAAAACUUUAUACGCCACCUUUUCGGAUCGGAGCUCAGUAUUAAUCUUACUGUAGGAAGACUCACUAUGGUUGACCCAAUCACUACAUGCAACAUUGCAUAUUACUCUGAAGCCUUACAGCCCUUCUCACGUUUUUCUAUUUACACGAUAUUAUCUGUCAAUGCAAGCUGCAGCUUUAGUUGUUGUUAGGGUGAAUGGUAUAGAUAAAUGUAGCGAGUGAAAAGUGUAUUGCAUGAUUCUAACACGUUGAUUGUCCACUUAAAGUUACUGCCCCUUGAGGUGAUAAAAGUCGAGGCAUAAUGUUGGAUUACAGUGAUGAGUUAGAAUUACAAAAGGAAGCAGACGAGGUGGAACAAUUUGCCAUGACUUCGUUAGGAAAACUAAUAUUUGUAGACUUACAUAGUAGGCAACCAAAGUCUUUAUCUUCUGAUAAACCAUCUCUAGAUAUUAUUGAUUCUUUAUCGCUUGCUUUCGAAAGUCUCUUUUAUAUGCCAUUUGACAUCAUUGAAAAUUAUGGUAAUACUUUGCGUACACUGGAUAUUAGCCAUAAUAAGUUUAAUAGAAACUUACAGUUUUUGGCAGAGUUUGAGAAUUUAACGUCUCUCAACUUAGAUCACAAUGAAAUAGAUGAUCACACUGUAUUCCCACAUAUGCCAAAACUUCAACUUCUGUGGUUAAAUCAUAAUAAUAUAGAAGAACUGUAUCCAUUUAUUAAGAAUCUCUAUGAGAGUGUGCCCAAUCUUAGAUAUUUGUGUCUUAUGGGUAAUAAGGCAGCACCGAGUUAUUUAAAUGGUGGAAGUUUUUAUGACUAUCUUCAGUACAGGUUAUACAUCAUAUCUUGGUUUCCUCAUUUGGUCCAUUUGGAUGACAGAAUUGUAACUUCAGAACAACGUCAGGAAGCAAGGAGACUUUUCAAGCGACCAUUUUUAGAAAAUUUGACUGAACAUGCUCCUCUUCCAGAGUGCAUUAAACACCUGCACAAUAAACUUACAAAUAUGUUUUCAAAGCCAACACUGCCAUGUAAAAUGAAACCAAGGGGAACAAACUUUAUUGUUUAAUACAGUAUUAGUAAUUAAUGUAAUUAAUCUUGAUGAUUAUCUACUUUUAUCAAAGUAGGAUAACAUUCCUAGGAGGAUAUGUGUUUGUAUUUUGUGUACAGUAAUAUUUAUAAGAUAUACAGUUUUAUUUCAUUCA